GCGGAUGAGACGGGGCACCAACCCUCGCUGGAGACGAGGGCCUUCGCGGACGACGUCGCUGCUGUCACCCCCGACCUUUUUGUGUCGGCGCCAGCGUUGCUCUCCAUCUUCACGGACUGCGGGCGGAUUUCGGGAUUGCAGCUGAACCUGCCGAAGACUUGCGUUGUCCCGCUCUUCCGCAGCGACCAGGCCACUGUGCUGCGAGACGUGCUCUCCUCGUACCCCAGCAGGUGCUGCGCGCAGGUCGCCUGGCGCGCCAUUUACCUCAGCUUCCUCCUCGGCCCCGAGCGGGGAUGCGAGACCUACGACAAGGCCCUUGACAAGGUGCUAGGUAGAGCGAGCUGGGUUGGAGCAGCGGGCGGUGGUCUCUACAUGACCACGAUGGCCUACACGGUCUGCAUCACCUCUGCCCUCGGAUUCUUCAUGCAGCUCGACGCCCUGCCACCUAGCUGGGCGUCCGUGGAAACUGAGAUGUUCCGGCGCCUGGUGCUGGCUCCAGUCUAUGGACGUGCCCCGGCUGCGCAGCUACGCGUUGCAGCGCCCGAGAAAGGCGCGGCGGGCGGCUUGCAGGCCGCGGCCCGCGCCGUGGAGCUGCACCGCGCUCGCGUGGACUCGGGCAAAUUGAUGGUCAAAGCGGCGUGGGCAGACUGGCUCGAUUGUUCGUACCUCUGCCAGCUGGACGACAACGC